GUGUCCCAUUCCACCUCUUUCCAAUGUCCUACAGGGUGUUACCAUGCUCAUAAUAAGUACAUACUAUAUUGAGAAAUGAAUCAAUGUUUUACAAUCUAUUUGUGUUGUAGCCUGUACCUCUCCCAUUUGUUCCAAUUGACGAGCCCCUUUUACUGACACCUGUGUCUGAGUUAAUGAAUGAAUCGUGUAUUGUCCACACCUGUCUGAGUUAAUGAAUGAAUAGUGUAUUGUCCACACCUGUCUGAGUUAAUGAAUGAAUAGUGUAUUGUCCACACCUGUCUGAGUUAAUGAAUGAAUAGUGUAUCGUCCACACCUGUCUCUGAGUUAAUGAAUGAAUAGUGUAUUGUCCACACCUGUGUCUGAGUUAAUUGAUGAAUAGUGUAUUGUCCACACCUGUCUCUGAGUUAAUUGAUGAAUAGUGUAUCGUCCACACCUGUGUCUGAGUUAAUGAAUGAAUCGUGUAUUGUCGACACCUGUCUCUGAGUUAAUUGAUGAAUAGUGUAUUGUCCACACCUGUGUCUGAGUUAAUGAAUGAAUAGUGUAUUGUCCACACCUGUGUCUGAGUUAAUGAAUGAAUAGUGUAUUGUCCACACCUGUGUCUGAGUUAAUGAAUGAAUAGUGUAUUGUCCACACCUGUCUCUGAGUUAAUGAAAUACUGGAGAUAUGAUCCAUUCAAUAAGCAAUAGUCCAUUUCCACCCUCACAAUCUUCUAUCAAAACAUUUAACUUCUUUAUUGUGAAAAUGAUUAUGUUUAUCUACUCUUCUGAAAUCAUCUGCAUUUCCUGUGAUUUGAUUGGUCUACCUCCCGUGAUGGUGACCAAUGCCCUCCCACUGUUCUACCUUGGCCACUGUACCGUGGUGAAACAGGAAGUUAGUGGGUCUUUGUAUCGACUGAGAGAGGCUUAUACCACAGUAGAUAGAUGUCAGGUCUGAGAGACACCCUGAAACACAGAGUCACGAAGCUCAGCUCAGCUUACGCCCUUUUAAUCCUCUGUUGGGGCGAGGAGCACAAUCUGUCAUGGAGACACACACACACACACACACACACACACACACACACACACACACACACACACACACACACACACACACACACACACACACACACACACACACACACACGUGUUGAACAUGAAAGACACCACUGAAGCCAUGAAUAGAACCAGAUCCCCUGUUGUUUCUCUCUGACCUGUGUUGUUAAGGCCAGGCCAUGUGUCAGGUGUUAUGCCCAGCGAGGGGCAAGGCCAGGCCGUGUGCCAGGUGUUAUGCCCAGCGAGGGGCAAGGCCAGGCCGUGUGCCAGGUGUUAUGCCCAGCGAGGGGCAAGGCCAGGCCGUGUGCCAGGUGUUAUGCCCAGCGAGGGGCAAGGCCAGGCCGUGUGCCAGGUGUUAUGCCCAGCGAGGGGCAAGGCCAGGCCGUGUGCCAGGUGUUAUGCCCAGCGAGGGGCAAGGCCAGGCCGUGUGCCAGGUGUUAUACCCAGCGAGGGGCAAGGCCAGGCCGUGUGCCAGGUGUUAUGCCCAGCGAGGGGCAAGGCCAGGCCGUGUGCCAGGUGUUAUGCCCAGCGAGGGGCAAGGCCAGGCCGUGUGCCAGGUGUUAUGCCCAGCGAGGGGCAAGGCCAGGCCGUGUGCCAGGUGUUAUACCCAGCGAGGGGCAAGGCCAGGCCGUGUGCCAGGUGUUAUGCCCAGCGAGGGGCAAGGCCAGGCCGUGUGCCAGGUGUUAUGCCCAGCGAGGGGCAAGGCCAGGCCGUGUGCCAGGUGUUAUACCCAGCGAGGGGCAAGGCCAGGCCGUGUGCCAGGUGUUAUGCCCAGCGAGGGGCAAGGCCAGGCCGUGUGCCAGGUGUUAUGCCCAGCGAGGGGCAAGGCCAGGCCGUGUGCCAGGUGUUAUGCCCAGCGAGGGGCAAGGCCAGGCCGUGUGCCAGGUGUUUUGCCCAGCGAGGGGCAAGGCCAGGCCGUGUGCCAAGUGUUAUGCCCAGCGAGGGGCAAGGCCAGGCCGUGUGCCAGGUGUUAUGCCCAGCGAGGGGCAAGGCCAGGCUGUGUGCCAGGUGUUAUGCCCAGUGA